CGGUGAUAACGGACAAAAUAAAUCUCAUUAUUUUCUUCUCCCCUUGUAUUUUUCUUCUCCUUUUUUUUUUCUUCUUGUUUUUUAAUUUUAUUUUCCAUCUCUUUCUUUGAAAACCCUAAUCCCGUGAGCUUGUGUGGGGAAAUCGGAUAACGCAAUUCUCUUCUCCGAAUUGUCUCAGUCCCAGGGACUGCAACUAUUUGUGGUUCCUUUUGAACAGGUUUAACUGUUUAGGGUUGUUGUCUUAAAAUGGCAUCGGUGUCUAGUCAGCCGCAGUUCCGUUACACUCAGCCGCCGUCAAAGGUGCUUCAUUUGAGAAACUUGCCAUGGGAGUGCACAGAGGAGGAACUUGUUGAACUUGGAAAGCCAUUUGGGAAGGUUGUGAACACAAAAUGCAACGUAGGAGCAAAUCGAAAUCAAGCGUUCAUUGAAUUUGCAGAUUUAAAUCAAGCUAUUGCAAUGAUAUCAUACUAUGCAUCAUCUUCGGAGCCGGCUCAAGUACGGGGGAAAACUGUAUAUCUGCAAUAUUCAAAUAGGCAAGAAAUAGUGAAUAACAAAACCGCUGCAGAUGUUCCUGGGAAUGUAUUGUUGGUGACAAUUGAGGGUGCGGAUGCACGCCUAGUCAGCAUUGAUGUUUUGCACUUGGUAUUUUCAGCCUUUGGGUUUGUGCAUAAGAUUACUACUUUUGAGAAGACAGCAGGAUUCCAGGCCCUGGUGCAAUUCUCAGAUGCAGAGACUGCCACAUCUGCUAAGGAUGCUUUGGAUGGAAGAAUAAUUCCUAGGUAUCUGCUCCCUGAGAAUGUGGGGCCAUGUACCCUUAGGAUUACUUAUUCUGGACAUUCAGAUCUAAGUGUUAAGUUUCAGAGCCAUAGGAGCAGAGACUACACAAAUCCUUACCUUCCUGUUGCUCAGUCAGCUAUGGAGGGAAGUGGUCAGGCCGUGGUAGGUUUGGAUGGGAAAAGAAUAGAGACUGAGAGCAAUGUUCUUCUUGCAUCUAUUGAGAAUAUGCAAUAUGCUGUGACAUUGGAUGUCUUACACAUGGUUUUCUCUGCUUUUGGUCCUGUUCAAAAGAUUGCAAUGUUUGAUAAGAAUGGUGGUUUACAAGCUCUGAUUCAAUAUCCAGAUAUACAGACAGCUGUUGUGGCCAAGGAAGCUUUGGAAGGACACUGCAUAUAUGAUGGAGGGUUUUGCAAGCUUCACAUAUCAUACUCGCGUCAUACUGAUCUUAGUAUAAAGGUCAACAAUGACAGGAGUAGGGAUUAUACCAUUCCCAAUACACCAGUGAUGAACCCCCAGCCGUCACUCUUAGGGCAACAUCCUGUUCCCAUGGUUGGUGCCCCUAGUCAACAGUACAAUGGGGCUCCACCUCCGGCUCAGUAUACUCCAAUUUCCGAGCAGACUAUGCUGCCCCCAUCUCAGGCUGCUUGGGGGGCAGCGCCGCAGGCAGGACCUCAGUCUAUGCCACAGUCCAUGCCGCAGUCUAUGCCAAUGCAAAUGCAUAACAAUGCUUACAUGCCACCACCUGGAUCUAUGCCACCACAAGUGGCUCCUGGAAUGCACUAUCCAACUCACAGCAUGCAAUCGACGCCGACAUUGCCCACAUAUGGAUCUGAUCGCAUACAAUAGUAUGUUUUCGUCUCUCCUAUGUUGUCUCAAAUAGACCAACAUUGGCCAACGCAGUCAACUGGGGGCAUAUGCAGAAGUGAGUUAUUUCCAAUGUAUAUGUGAAGAUUCCCCAUUUUGUGGGAGGCCUUUGUUUGAAUAGGCUUUCCCUGUUGUUUUCUCCAUUGUUAUUUUUGAGAUUUUCAGUGGACUUGUAAGCAGUUGGUCAAGAACCGUUAGUUGACUUGAGUACUAUGGAACAACCUAUUCAGUUUUAACUC